AUGCACCUGAAUGAGGGAAAUGAGAGUGCUGGAGCCAUUUUUUUCCUCAUGGGCUUCUCAGAGUUUCCAACCCUCAAGGUGCCCCUCUUCCUGGUAUUCUUGGCCAUCUAUGCUGUCACUGUGGUGGGCAACCUGGGUAUGAUUGUGGUCAUAAAUACCAAUCCCAAACUUCAGACACCCAUGUACUUUUUUCUUGCCCAUCUUUCCUUUCUGGAUUUUUGUUAUUCAAGUGUGUUUACACCCAAACUAUUAGAAAUCUCAGUUGUGAAAGACAAAACUAUCUCCUUCAAAGGAUGCAUAAUACAAUUUUUCAUUGCUGGCACAUUUGUGAUUACAGAAGCAAAUCUGUUAGCAGUGAUGGCCUAUGAUCGGUUUGUGGCUGUUUGUAACCCCCUGCUCUACUCAGUUGCUAUGUCUUGUAAACUCUGUGCUUUGCUUGUAGCUGGAACUUACAUAUGGGGUGUACUCUGUUCCAUGACACUCACAUAUUCUCUUUUGAAACUGUCCUACUGUGGAUCUACCAUAAACCACUUUUGCUGUGAGUUCUCUGCCCUCCUCUCUGUGUCCUGCUCUGACACACACUUCAGCCAGAUGGUGAUGUUAGUUGUUUCCACAUUGAAUGAGGCUUGUAGCCUCCUUGUCAUCCUCACUUCCUAUGUGUUCAUAGUUGUCACUAUCAUCAAGAUGCCUUCUACUGGUGGACAUCGAAAAGCCUUCUCCACCUGUGCCUCCCACCUGACUGCCAUCACCAUUUUCCAUGGGACUCUCUUUGUUCUCUAUUGUGUGCCCAAAUCUAAGAGCUCAUGGCUCUUCAUUAAAGUAGCCACUGUGUUUUACUCCAUUGUGAUCCCUAUGCUAAAUCCUCUUAUCUACAGCCUUAGAAAUAAGGAUGUAAAGGAGUCUGUCAGGCAGUUAAUUCACACCAAAUUGCUUUCUCACUCAGUGUAA